AUGACGGCGAUGGGGAUCGUUCUGCGCGAUGUCGAGGUUUUGGUCACCGAUGGGCUCGAUCCCGAGCAGGUGUGGACGCAGGUGGAGGCGCGGUGGGGGGUCGCGGCGACGCGAUGCGCACGCGCGUGCGCGGCGUUGAAGAAGAAGUUUGGUGACGAUCGGUCGGGGGUUGAGGGGUUGUUUGACGUCGAUGUUGACGGUGGGACGAGUUCGGAGGGGGGUGGGGUCGGGAAUGAGGGCGAGGAUGGGGAAGACGUCGACGAAGAGGACUCGGACGCGGACGCGGACGCGGAGGAGACGGACGAGGGCGGACGCUCGGCCAGUGGAAAGCGGUCGAGCGGGAGCCGAACGAGGAAAGUUUUUAAAAAUCCAGGAAUGUUUGAUCUGGAUGAGAUGGAGCGGUUCAUGGACGACGGCGACGCGAGAGACGCGAGACGACGCAGGCGGGCGGACGCCGAGGAGGAAGAUGAAGACGCGGAGGAAGACGAUUCCGACGAAGAUGAAGACGACGAGGUGGAUAUCUAUCGCGAUGUCAGUGAGAGUGAUGAUGGUAUCGGCGACGACGAUGAAGAUUCAGAUGAGGCGGACGAUCUCGACGACGCGUUGGCGUACACCGCGAGACUCGCGGGCGUGAGCGCGAGCGGGCGAAAGAAGACGACGGCCAAGAAAUCCAAGGGCAAAAAGGCGCAGGAUCUCAUGUUCGAGGACUUCUUUGGUAAGGGUAAACCCCUGGGUGGGACCAAGGGCGGACGCCUGGGCGCUUCCAACGACGCCGAACUGAACGAGUUGAGCGAUGAGGAGGAGGACAUGUACAACGCGCUCGAAGGCGACGAGGACGAGGACGAGGACGAGGAGGAAGACUUGGAGGGGGAGUUAGAGACCGGCAUCGCCGGGAAACGGGGUCUCGAGAAUCACGAUGAUGACGAUGAUGAGUACGUCGAGGAAGAUGAAGGGGAGGAGGAAGAGGAGGAGGAUGACUUUGCGUCCGAUCUCGAAGAGCGAGACGACGAGGUGCUCGACGACCUCGAUAAGAAGCUCGAGGCUGAGUUAGACGCCGAGCUCGCGCGUGCGCGAGCGGACGAUGAUGACGACGAAGACUACGCCCGCCCUGGAAAGAAGGGCCCGAGAUCGGCGUUUCAACGUCAGCAAGAGGCGCUAGCGAAGCAAAUUGACAAGCUCGAAAAGGAGGCCAUCGGCGAAAAGUCGUGGAUUCUCAAAGGCGAAGCUGACGCAAAGGAUCGUCCUAUGAACAGCGCUCUAGAGACAGAUCUUGAGUUUGAGCACGUUAUGGCACCCGCGCCUGUUAUCAGCGCAGAGAUUACGCAGAAACUCGAGGACAUCAUCAAAAAGCGCAUCAUUGAGGGCCGAUUCGACGACGUCGAGCGUGUGCAACCCGUGGAGGAGCGCGAGCGCAAGGAACUGCCGCAACUUGACGACACCAAGUCCACCAAGGGUCUCGGCGAUAUCUAUGCCGACGAGUACAUGAAACAAAAGGUCGGCGUCGCGCUCGGCGAGAAGGAAGACCCCGUGGUCGCUGAGGUUAAGAAGCUUUGGGCCUUGCUUUCGUACCGCCUGGAUGCUCUGUCACGAACCGGUUUCAUCGAGGAGCCGAAGGACAUCGAGGAGCGUAUCGAUCGCGACCUCGCAGCUCGUGCAGCGGGAAAUGUCGUCCCAAGCACGUUCAAAGAGGACGACGGGCUCGCUCCCGAAGAGAUCUUCGUUGGAGGCGGUGGCAAGGGCGGACAAAGAGGCUCUGCGGCUGGUUUCCUCAAGGCGGACGAGGAGCUCACCAAGGAGGAACGCAAGGCUGGUCGCGCGAAGAGAAAGCGCAAGUCAAAAGCUGUGCACGAAGAGAAGGAAGUCGCCAAGGCGAAGCGCGAUCGCGAACGUGAGGCGCAGCACAAGGCCGAGGAGGACGCUGGCUUCAUACGCAAGGCGCCGAAGGUUGCCAUGCUCGCCGUGGGAUCUGCUGCUGGAAAGGCGAAAUCCGACUUCUCCAAGUCGAGCAAGGUCUUCGGCAUGCUUCAAGACGCAAAGGAGCAAGAAGCUGCCCGCGGUGGCGCGAAAAUAAGCAAAUCGGACUCCACGAAGAACAAAUCAAGUCUCAAAUUAUAG